AUGUCCAUGGGCCUUCUAGGCUUUCAACUCGAUGCCAUAUACCACACCUCGAUAGAACUCAACGGCAAAGAAUACGUCUACGAUGGAGGCAUCAUCGCGAUCAGGCCAGGCUCCUCACAUCUCGGUCAGCCACUGGAAAAGAUUCCCCUUGGCACGACGAAUCUACCUAUAGAUGUCAUUGAAGAGUUUCUCGAUUCUUUGAGACCAAUCUUUACACUGGAGGCGUACGACUUAUUCCACCACAACUGCAAUAACUUCUCAGAUUCGUUCGCAAACUUUCUCCUUGGGAAGGGUAUUCCCGAGCACAUCGUCAAAAUGCCACAGGCUGUCCUCGAUUCACCCAUGGGUCGAAUGUUGCUUCCUCAGCUCACUCAGGGGAUCAAUGCGGGUAGACAGGGCGGCUCUAUCCUUGGACUGCAGGAGAGCUCUCAGGCACCAGCUGCAACGACAAGGCACGGUGUCAAGAACAUUACCAACGCAUCUGAAUUUGAUCGUUUGAUGAGUGCAGCAAAUAACUCAUGCGCGGUCGUUUUCUUUACAUCGGCCACAUGCCCGCCUUGCAAAACGCUCUACCCAAUUUAUGACGAACUCGCGGAGGGAGUUGGUGAUAAGGCGACUCUUAUUAAAGUCGACAUUUCACAGCCUCAGCAGCAUGAAAUCGGAAGUCGAUAUUCUAUCAGAGCAACACCUACUAUUGUGACAUUCCUCCGUGGAGAGGAGGAAAAUAGGUGGUCAGGAGCUGACCCAGCUGCUCUCCGAGGUAACGUACAGCUUCUCGUUCAGAUGGCCCACCCUGUUCAUCCUCAUGAGCGACUACGUCUUCCUACUUUCUCAAAUCCGAAUGCAAAGCCAGUACUUUACACCAAGGUUCCACCGUUAGACAAACUCAUGGCGAAGAUGGGUUCUGAGGUUUCUGGUAAGCCUGAAGUCAAAGCUCUGAAACAGUAUCUUGAAGACCGAACAAAGGACGGGCCUUCGAGUGCAGUUAUCCCUGACAUGGGCCAUUUGUCGAGACUUGUCAAAGAUUCAGUCACAUCGUUGCCCAUCGAUAUUCUCUUCACUAUUGUCGACCUAUUCAGAUGUGCCCUAUCGGACCCUAGAAUCAGUGGCUUCUUUGCAGAAGAGAAGAGCCAUGAAACGGUUCUAGCUGUACUAGAGUCCGUCGCUAAAAAGACAGACUGUCCUUAUGCUCUGCGCCUCGUCACACUGCAGAUGGCCUGCAACUUCUUCUCGACGCCCCUGUUCCCUGACGAAAUCAUACGGGACAGCUCGUUGCGUGCGGCAAUCAUUCUUCUUGUCUCAUCUAGUUUCCUGGAUGAGAGCCACAAUAACGUGAGGGUUGCAGCUUCAUCCCUGCUUUUUAAUUUAUCACUCGCAAACCGAAAGGCCAGGAAUGGCUCAAAGCCAACUUUGUCAGGAGAUGACGAACUCGAGCUCGCUGCGUCGGUAGUGGAGGCCAUAGCUCUGGAGGAAAAGUCUUUGGAGGCAUUACAUGGAAUGCUGUUGGCUUUGGGCCAUUUGGUUUAUGGCACGCCACUCGACGGGGAGCUGCCAGACCUUCUCCAGGCAGUUGGUGCACAGGAUAGCAUCUUGGCUAAAAAGUCUAAGUUUCCUGGCGAGAAACUUAUUACAGAAGUUGGCACUGAACUGUUGGGUAAAGGUCUUAGGAAACCCUAG